AUGGCUGAUCAAAUGGUACGCUUGUACCUCACUCGCUUUGAGUCUGUGUUUCGCAUCUUACACAUUCCGUCCUUCUGGAAUGAAUAUGAGAGAUAUUGGAGCGACCCUACCGAAGCUGAAACUGUCCUUCAACUCAAGAUCCAGCUCGUUACAGCCAUUGGGACUAGUAUCAUCCGCCAAGAUACCGUGGACACAACAGAUAUCUACUCAACCGCGCGUCAAGGGUUAUACGCCACGCAGGAAUGGCUGUCUGGACCCAUGAAAAAGAAUCGGAUCAGCAUCGAUAGCCUGCAGGUGCAGUGUCUGCUCAUCCUGGCUCGGCAGGCUCUUGCCGCCGGUGGAGAUAUUGUCUGGAUAUCCAUGGGGACCGUGGUUCGGACCGCCAUGCAAAUGGGUCUACACCGUGACCCGAAGCAUUUCACGAGGAUGGGUAUUCUUCAAGGCGAGAUCCGUCGAAGACUCUGGGCCACCAUCUUAGAGCUGAAUGUCCAAGCCGCCUUAGAUGCCGGAGUGCCGCCUACCCUAUCAUUCGACGACUUCGACACCGAAGCCCCUUCCAACGUCAAUGACCAGGACAUGGAUGAGCAGACCAAGGCACUCCAGGAGCAUCCCCCAACAGCCGCAACGGACUCGUCCCUUCAGCGUUUCUUAUUUCGAUCGCUCCGCCCAAGACUGGAGGUCGCCCGUCGCAUGAACGGCCUAACCUCCCGCCCUUCAGAAAUGUCAAUGUCGUACAACGAACUCAUCGCUCUAACCGCCUCACUCACCAGCACCUGCCGGAGCUGCGACGCCCAUAUCCCCCGAACUCACAGCGCCAGCUCCGACAUGGCCUCCUUCCACCAUAACCUUGCAGACCUCCUUCUCCGGCGCUUUAUCCUUCAUCUUCAUCGCCCUCUUGCCGGCCGAGCCCGAACGGAUCCGAGAUAUUAUUUCUCCAGAAAGACGAGCCUCGACGCCGCCCUGGCCAUUCUCUCCCCGAUUCCCAAGAAUGCCGAGUUCGCGCAUCUCGUGCUACUCGGGGCCGGCAUAUUCAAACAUCGCAUGAUCCACGCGUCCCUGGCCGUGGCGUCGGAGUUACUCAUGGAAGUUGAAGAGCACCGGCCGGUGGGGUUCCACUCACCCUCGCAGGAACCCUCUGGAUAUAGAAAGAUGUUGAUGGAAGCGUUGAGGGAGGCGCUUCGCCAGGCUGCCGAACGCAUUCGACUUGGAGAGACGAAUGUCAAGCUACAUAUGAAGUUGCGGAUGGCUCUGCGGCAGACAGAGGUGGCAGGCGAGAAUUCUUCGUCCCUGCAGCAGCUGGCCGAAAGCGCCAAGGAGAGCCUGGAGACUUCCUAUGCUAUGAUCCAAGAGCGGGCAACUUCUGAAGGGGUCGAGAUCAAUAACGAGUCUGGACGAGACCGCGGCAUGUCGGCGGACUUUGAUCUAGAUGACUUUGAUCCAGAGAGCUUCACCCUUGGCUCCAACUUCAACUUCAACUUGGAUGACCUCUUCUUCCUGCCCGCAGAGUUUGACAUGGAUGGCGUAGCGGCGCCCUAG